UUAAAUGUCUUGAUUAUGAUAUUAUGUUUUGUCCUUGGUUCAUAACAAGUUAUAGAUGCCACUAUUGAUUAGGUCUUAACAAGUUAUAGGGCAUUGUUGACCUAGUUUGUACAGAUGGAUUGAUAAUGUCACAGGAUUUCAGAAGUGAUAAUUUGCCCUAAGCAUUGGAGUGAAAUUAUUGGUUCUUCAUGUCUUCAUACACGGAUUUUCAUAAGCAUGAUAUCUUUGUCCACAUGAGUGCUUGUUAUCUGAGUGAAUAGUGUCACAGUUGAAGCUCUUGAACCAGUUGCCAGAUACACCGUGAAGUUGGGGUGAUAGUGGGAUGCCCUUACUGCAGGCAUGCUUUUGAAUAGCUAUUAGUAUGGAAUCAGGUCAAUUAUCUAGUUAUUAUGUUUGUUAGAAUAUGUAUAAAUGAUGUCAAAUGCCCCAACCCAACAAGUUAACUUAUUAGGUUAAAUGGCGAAGUAACUAAUCUUAACAUGGCAUCAAAGCGGGAGGUCUUGGGUUCAAACCUUAGCUUCCGCAAUUUAAACCCCCAUUUGUUGUCGCCCCAAGUGUGGGCCUUUGUGUUUGUUUGGUGUUGCGCCAAAUGUAGGCCUUGUUUGUUGUGCAUGUGUUGGGUUGUCGAAUUGUCCAGCCGACACUUGAAGGCGAGUGUUAGAAUAUGUAUAAAUGAUGUGAAAUGCCUCAACCCAACAAGUUAACUUAUUGGGUUGAAUGACAAAGAGACUAAUGUUAUUAUGUUAACAAUGUUGACUGUUCUAUACCAUCUAAUUCAAAAAAUAUAAAUAUUCAUAUUCUUAUUUAUAUAUCGUUGUUAAUUUUGCAAUCUGUCGAAUCAGGACACUGUCCUGUUUGAAGUGGUUCUUCUAUCAAUAUAGAGCUUGUAGUUAUGCUAUUAAUAUAUACUAUAUUUAGAGGGUGUAUGGGUUGCUUUAACAUUCUAAUGGGGUGCACUAAGAUUUGAAGUUUCUAGAAGAAUCAUCUAUGCUAUUAAAUUGUGUGAUAUUAUAUUCCAGAAAUAAUGUAAGUCUGCUUAUGUCAAGCAUUGGCUACACUUCUCCAUUGAAGUCAUCUUAUGGUAAGACUCAUCUUACAAUUGCUAUUGAAGUCUCUUAGGAUAUUGCAAGGUCUAAUGAAUAAUUACAUAGUUUCAAAAGUUCUCAGUUUGAGCUUUUGCUUGAACUUUAGAUAAUCUAUGAUAAGUUUUAUUUGGACUGGUGAAGUUUCUUAACCUGUUAAUGAAUCCAAUAUGUGGUAAUAGCAUGUAGCAUGUUCAACUUUGACCUUCCCUCAUACAUCAGACAGUUAUUAAUAUCCUCGCAUAAGUGAACUUGCACGAAUAUGUAAAUGUUUUCUAUGGUACUUGCUAGAUGUGUUUUUGUGGAAACUGUUUGAUGCUGGCAUGUCAUUCCACUCCAUUGAAGCAGCACAUGAUUGAUAUUCGAAAGGAGUAUACAUGUGAGCUAGGAAACUGAAAUUAUUUGAGCAGUGCAUGUCAUUCUACUCCUUUAAAAAUAUGUUUGAUUUUAAUUAUUGUUAUGAGUUGCUGCUUUUCCUCAUUAUUUAAAUACCCUAAAGGUGGAAAAUUAUGCUAUAAAACUGAAUAAACUUAUGCUAGGCGUCUAAUAUAUAUUCAUCAUGUAUCCAAUGUUAAAGUCAGUUGGAUGACCAGACUAAACCCAAGACUGAAGCAUUUCUUAUGGUGCUCUGCUCUCAAAGUUUUGUGUGUAGGGAAAGUGGGAAAAAGUCAUAUAAGUUCGUCUUACAAUUCACUAGAGGACAUAUAAGACAUUCAAUGAAGACAAAAACGAAUUAUGGUUCAUCUGAUAACUUUUAGACUCAGAUAUGAAUUUUUUGUAUCUUGUUUGUGAUGUGGCAGGAUUUAGUUGCUAGUUAAGCCUUGUAUGCUUUGUUUUGAGCAUGAGAGUCGACUGAGGUAGUUUUUAGGGCAUGUGUGUUUCAUGCAGUUGCAGUUAUGGUAAUGUCUUGUUGGCAUUGUUGUCUUCUAGUAUAACCUUAUUUAUUAAGGGUAGACUGCUUUAAUUUUCCAGCAAGCUUAUUGCUAGAAAUAUCAACUUUUUGAAGAAGUAUAAGGAAAUUAUCUGGAAGGUGCAGAGAUUAUGGUAAGUAUUGCUGGUAUCAUAAAUGAAAUGACAUGCUGAAAGUGCUGGUGAGGAAUUGGAAAUCAAACUCUCAGGAGAUAGUAUGACUAAUUUAUCCCUAAUUAUACCUAAUUAAGUCUGCUGUCAUAUUGUUCAUGUGAGCUCUUCAAAUUAAUUAUCCAUUAUCUACCUACCCCCAUUCGUUCUAUAUAUACAUCCCAGAGUGUUUGUGCUUAACACCUUGCUCCCUGUCUAGUUCUUGUUCAAUCAUCCUUGGUAAUCCAAGUUCAUGAAGGCUCACAGUUUCAGUAGCCUGAAGGACCUGUUGAAGCCUUCAUCAUCUGAUAAACCUAAUCUGGUGAAGUCAUUGUCCUCAUCAUCCUUACUGACAGAGAAAAAAUCUUUCGAAUCUGCCAAUGUUGCUGAUAUUUUUGUUGAGGACUCUGAUGAAGAAAAAUCAUCAUCCCUCUACUCUUUGGCAGCUCCAUCAUUGAUGAUGCCUUCAUUGUCUUCAUCUUCUCUAGCUUCUUCUCUUGGAGACAUUUCUGCACAAGAUGAGUCGCAAGGCCUUGAGAAAGAGCACGAGACCAGGGAUGGUAGCCUUCAUGGGAAGAACAUUGAGAAGGAGAGGGAAGGCAACAAAAAGCAUCCAGUUGUUGCCAAUCGCUGUGCUUUUUACCGUGGGAUAGGAGGAAGACCAUUUCCUCCUCCCCUUACCAUUUUGAAAUUGUGUAAAACUGGUAAGCGUUUUCCUUACAUGACUCUAAAUGAAGAGACUAACACCUUUGUUCUUGAGGAGAUAAGGAUUCCUACACAAGGUUUUCUGCGAGCCUCUAGGAGCAAUGGACGCCUGAAGCUCUUCCACGCCCAUCCAGAUGAAAUCUUGGAGGAUGAUAACAGCUUUGUUCUUGGGGGGACAAGGGGUCCAACUCAACCUAUUCUGCGAGCCUAUAGGAGCAAUGGACGCUUGCAGCUCUACUGAGCCAAUACAGAUAAAGAAAUCUUGGAGGAAGAAAUGAAGGAAGCAAAUGGAUAGAGGAGCGAUUCUGGAGUUGAAUGCAACCUUUAGUUUUGUGCUAGAUCUUGCUAGUUAUGGUCAUUUUGACAUGUUUGCAUGUUAGAGAUUUAAGAUAUGAGGGUUUGUUAGACUUGGUAAUGGUUGUUACAUUUGACAGACUAAAUGUUGCUGAUGUUAUCUGUUCUAAAAACCUAUUAUGGAAAUGCAGCUAUUAUUAAUUUUUUCCUUUAAA